AUGCUGAAGCAAACAAUUCAAAGGUUGGAAGGAUGCAUAUCAGCUUCAAGAAGAAGUGGUAAUGUUCAUAUGAAAUGGAAGAAACACUUAUUUGGCAAUUGGGUGAGAAGCACGUGCAGCAGCCCCCAAAAUAAUAAUCAUAACAAUAGGACAACCUGGUACAGUGUUCCAAAGGAGAGAGUGGAGUGCGUAGUGAUAGGAGCUGGUGUGGUUGGCAUAGCAGUGGCAAGAGCCCUAGCACUUAAGGGCAGGGAAGUGUUAGUCGUAGAAUCAGCCCCCACAUUUGGAACAGGAACUAGUUCCCGAAACAGUGAAGUUAUUCAUGCUGGAAUCUAUUAUCCUGCCAAUUCAUUCAAGGCAAUUUUUUGUGUAAGGGGAAGAAAAAUGUUAUAUGAGUAUUGCUCUAAGCAUGAUAUUCCACAUCAACAAAUUGGUAAGCUUAUAGUGGCUACUCGAUCUUCUGAGAUUCCAAAGUUAAAUGAUAUUUUAAAUUGCGGGAUUCAAAAUGGAGUUGAUGGUUUGAAGAUGGUAGAUGGUGUUGAGGCCAUGAAAAUGGAACCUGAAUUGCAAUGCGAGAGAGCAAUACUAUCACCUGUCACUGGGAUUGUUGAUUCUCAUUCUUUAAUGCUUUCUUUAGUGGGGGAAUCUGAAAGUCAUGGAGCAACCUUCACGUACAAUUCAACAGUCAUUGGUGGCCAUGUCGAAGGAAAUGAUAUUUGUGUUCAUGUGACAGAAACUGACCAUCUUAAAGAAUGGAAAGGGACAUCAAUUUUGCAUCCAGAACUACUACUAAGUUCUAGACUCGUUGUGAACUCUACAGGCCUAAGUGCCCCAGCCCUUGCAAAACGAUUUAGUGGCCUAAAAAGUGGAGUUUUUCCUCCUUCUUACUAUGCACGCGGUUGCUACUUUACAUUAUCUAACACUAAAGCCUCUCCUUUCACACGUUUGAUAUAUCCUAUACCAGAGGAUGGCGGCAUUGGAGUGCAUGUUACUAUAGACUUGAAUGGUCAGGUCAAGUUUGGCCCAAAUGUUGAAUGGAUUGACAGUGUUGACGAUAUCUCGAGCUUUCAGAAUAAGUUUGAUUAUUCGGUAAAUCCAAAUCGUGCUGAGAAGUUUUAUCCAGAGAUAAGAAAGUAUUACCCAAAUCUGAAGGACGGUUCUCUGGAACCUGGAUAUUCAGGGAUCCGACCUAAACUUUCAGGACCCUCCCAGCUGCCCGCUGAUUUUGUUAUACAGGGAGAGGACAUUCAUGGAGUACCUGGUCUUAUUAAUCUUUUAGGAAUAGAGUCACCCGGUUUAACAUCAAGCAUGGCAAUUGCAGAAUUUAUUGCUACAAGAUUUUUGGGAUGA